GGCCAAGUUUCUUGUAACUUCCUUUUGAGCCCUCACAUUUGCAAUCAUGGGUAGGUUUUUUCUCACGUGUUGCUAAAAAAAUGUCCAAAAGUGUUUUUCGAUGAUAAAUGUAUGCUAUAAUUUUUAUGAGCUAUUAAAAGAAAGAUAGUAACAUUCUAUAAACAUACCAAUAUGAUCCGGGAAAGCGGUUGCCAAAAGAAAAUGGUAACACUGGUGUGGAAAGAAAAAAAAACCUUUUGUCGAUAAGACUAAAAGAGUAAAAUUGUGUUCUCUAGGCUAGAAAAAGUGUAUUGUAUACUAAUAAAAUCAGGGUUUUAUGAAAUGCUACUGGGCCUUUGGGAUACUAUCCAAUAGUAUAUUAUUUCUCUAAGUGACGUUAGGCCUAAACAUUUAUCAAAUAUAAUUUACAGGGUUGUGCCUGGCUAACUGCUAAUGCUGAAUUUUUCCAGCAUCACAUUUAUUUUGCUAUACUGAAUACUGUAGUAAACUAUUAUACAUUAUACAAUACUAAUACUAUUCUCUUAUUCUGGUUACCCUACUUUGUCCGUGUGACUCUGGGUAACUUGGACUUAUCACUUCAUGGUGCAGCUAUUUGAAUUGGUCUUGGUGGCAUUACUUAAGAAUUAACUUUCCCUAGAAUAGUCAAUGACAAUAUUAGUAGGUAGUUCGGUAAGAUCCGGGAAGUGCCGAAAACCGGGUAUCGUGAUUUCGUUGUCAAAAUGGCGACCUCCACUUUUUAAUUUACAGAGAGUCACGUUGUUUACGACUUUUUAACUAUAUAUAGCCCAGCAUGUUAAUUCUAUUUCCGCCCACAACUUAGAGUAGACAUGUUGUGUUAUGAUUAGACACUUGAGUCCCUCAAAAAAUUUUGGGGCUUCACUUUGAAAAUUGAAGGUAAAAUAACGCAAUUUUUACUCAUUCAUAUUUUUUGUGUGGAAAGGAACCUUUCUUUGAAUUUAAAGGACUAUAUAAUAUAAAUAAUGGCAUUAACUACAACAUAUCCAAGACCUGUUAAUUUAGGCCCAUCAGUUUGGUCAGAAAUUUCCUCGGAAAUUUUAUUCACGUGUGUCCCAAAAUUACCUAUUAUCGUUAAUAUUCGUUGCUAUGGUAAAUAACCUGAUUUACUCUGGAAAUCCAGCCUAUUACCCCCUAAUAACUUAUUUAGAAAUAAAAAUAAAAUAAUUAAUAAAACAAAUACAUAUUUUUAAUAUGAUUUGAUGCUUUUAUUGAGGGAUAUUAGGUUAAAAAAGCCUAAUUAAUUACAAUUCAUAGUUAACUAUUAGUUUUAUAUACUGUUUUAUAUGUAUACUAUUAACUAUAUAUAUACAUAUACUAUAUACAUAUAUGUAUAUAUAGAGGCCUAGAAUAGUAUUACUAUUAAUAAUAGUAUUAUAAGUGUAGGCCUAUCCCCCCCCCCCAAUAAUUAUUUGUAGGACCCAUUAUUCAUAUGUAAUGAUAUAUAUAGUGAUUCUUAAGGCAUAAAUUAAGUAAAAAUGUACAAAAAAUAUUCACUUACCUUUGGUAUUGAAAUAUCCUAUAUUUAAUCACAUAUCACACUAUUCCAAAAGAGAAUUAUUAUAUAAUCCUCAGUAUUCUCAAAGAAAAAAACACACUUUCUGCCACAAUAAUCCAAGAAUUACAUGAGAUAUUACUAAAAUUUAAUAAUAAAACAUUGUAAUAACCUCAAGCAAAUAACUAGAACUUAUUUAAAAUUCUAUCAACAGCCAAAGUUGAUUCUUACAAGAAAUGUUGAUCUGUGAAACAACUUUACUAACUUAAAAUAAAUGACAUUACUAUUUUUUGUCAUAUUCACACAUUCAUAUGGUAUGGGACUAAAAUACAUUAUAUAGAAAAUGGUAAAAUAAAAAGUGUAAUAGUCAAUUUUAACUUAUUGAAACAAAUAAUCCCUUUAUUAUUAGUAUAUACUUAUAAAUUUUAAACAAUUCCACAGAAAAUUUUAAAUUAAUAUCUUAAGAAUAUUUUAUUAUUAUUAUGAAUUUUGGGAAAUUGAAAAAAAAUUUUAUACAUAAUUAAUUAAUUAAUUACGAAUAAGUGACGAGUCAGCAUAUUUUAUAUAUUUUUAAUAGGAAAAUAAUAAAGAUUUUAAAAAUAAUUUUUGCGGAAUAUUGACAAAAACUAACUUAUAUUUUGUGGUUUUAUUUAGAAGUACUCUAAUUAAAAUAUGUUCCCUGUAAAUAUUAUAUUUUUGUGUCAUUUUAUAAUAAAGUUAUAGGCCUUAAAAAAAAAUCAAAAUGAGGGUCACGAAAUGUGGAGGAAAAUCCCAUAGUAAAAAAGUGCCUUUGAGGUCCCUACUAAAAAAUUCAUAACUUUUGAACCACUUGAGCUAGAAAGUUGAUCUUGGUGUUUUUGUAAUCUAUUCUCCAGGCUCUAUACAGCUGUAGUAUUUUUAUAUUUUUAAAAAUGUUUUGAAAUUUUAAUCAAAGUGCCUAAUAUUAGAUACUUUGGUCAAAAAUGUAAACAUUUUGUAAAAAUAAACCAAUGGAACAGUUCAAUAGAGCUAAUUUUUUACACAAUUUUAACACCAAAAUAAUAUUUUUAGCUGUUGUAGUUUUAAAUUUAUGAAUUUUUUAAAUACGACUUGGUUUGUCCUUUUUUAACAUGGACUGCAUCUCCACAUUCUGUGACCUCAUUCCGCUGAUCGCGUCAUGCGCAAUGACUUGAUAGUUUAUAUAAGGCAACGCAUUCCCUUAUCACUAAAAUACUGUUUAGGGUCGACUUAUUUUAAACUUUCAACUUUGGCACAUGAAUAAUUAAUAAAAUCUUUCCCUGACCAAUGGUUUAAUAGUUUUUUAACAUGGCAAACUCUUAUGACUUAUGGAAACUCUGAGAUAGUACUACGAUAUAGCCGUUAUGCAAGUGGCUGUGAAUGUUUGCCAAUGGCAACAUGUUGGACACGGAAAAUUCUGAUCAUUUAUAAUAUGGACUCUACAGGGUUUUUAAAGCUCAAAUUAAACAUUCCAGUUUAAAUGUCUUCAAAAUGCAUUCUGAAGCACAAGUUAAAAUAACUGUAUCGUAGUACUACCUCAGAGUUUCAUUCAUAAGAGUUUGCCGUGUGCAAAAACUAUUAAGGGGUUAACUACCUUCAUUUUCAUUUUCUAAAUUAUUAACAUUUUAACAUGUUUAAAGUUUUUAUAUUAUGUAUAUGGGCUUAGAUAAGUAAAAUAUGGUGGACAAAUUUAAUUAUUUAAAAAAAAAUUUCCUUCAGCGGAGCAUAUUUGGGGUCGAGGUGGUAAAAUCAUGGGAACCUUAGGAAAGGUUUUAUAUAAAAGCCACAGCAGCUACAGGUCUCAAAUUUUGCAUUUAAUUAGCCAUAAGCCUACUAAAUAUGAUAACAUUGAGACUUUGGGUAAAAAGAUAGCCAAUUUUUUUUUUUCAUGUCCUUUUGGUGCUGUUUAGUUUUUGUUUGGCCGCGCAACUUUUUCUUUAAAAAUAUCACUUUCAAUAAAAAUAUUUUUUUUCCAUGAUCAUUUUUAACCUAAACGGCUCUGUCACUAUAAUCUUAAGCCAUAUUUAAACAAGUAUACACAAUUUCAAAACAAUUGAACAGGUAGAUUUUGAGAAAAAUGAAGCCUAACAUUUAGUAUACCUUAAAAAUUUUAUUUUGAGAAAAACAGAAAAUAAACUCUUUUUGGAAGAAAUUUAAGUCUUAUUCAUAAUGUAAGCAAAUAAAUUUCAUCUUAUUCAAUAUAAAAAUCAUUGGGCAUGUUAAUAAGCAAAAAACAAAUGUAAACCUGUGGAAAAUAAAUUUUCAGUGACAAAUAUACAACACCCUCCCCGCGGCAAAAUUUUUUUUUUUUUUUUAAAUUUCCAAAAAAAAUUACUUUGCAUACCAAAAACAUUAUUUCAACAUUAUCAUUAUGAUUUAAAAAUAGCAUACUACAUAAUUUAUAAAAAUUGGAAGAUAUAUUUUUUAAUUUAUUAGUAGACGACAUAAAAAAAUCAGCCCCUUCAAGUAUUUCUUGCGGCCACCCUUACUCUAACUCAACUCUGCAUUUCUUUUUCUGCAGCUAUUUUUUAAACCUCCUUCCAAAUACUUCAUUAUUUUCUAGUGACCUCUGGGCUUUAUAGAUGCAGAAACUGUCCCUUGUAUUUCCAAGUAGAUGGGUCUGCAAAUGGUGCAGCCACAGCCUGUCUGUUUAGAGUGUGGACACUUUCAAAUUUUUUCUCAGUUUUUACCGCUUCGCAGGUUGCACAAAAAAAACAGCAAAUAUACUGCAAGUCUACAGUUUUUAUUUCUCAUCCUGUAGAAGGUGAAGAGACUAAGUACUGCAAGAGGCACAUUGCAGUCCAGUAUAGCAAACUUUAAAUAGCAACAUAGAUUGUUGGCGAAGGUGAAUCGCUGGGGCUGUCGGUGGCAGCAAAAAAAAAGCCAAGUUCAUGCUUUCAUGCAUACCCGGCAAAAUGACUGUCCCUGUCCCAAAAUGACUCGGGUUGUAUAUCCUGAAUAUCUGCUACAGAGUGGUUGUCCAACUGGCAGGGAGGGGACAAAGCGAUGGUUGAGAGUUCAUUCUUCUUCGACUUGGCCGCUCUUGCCAUAGUUGUCGAUGUCUCUUCAGCUUAGAUCUUGAAGCAGUACUCUUUGUCAAUUCUUUAGUUGGAGGCAUAACACUGAAGAAAUAGCAAUAGAGAAAUAAAAAAAUUGUCAAUAAAAAUAAAACAAUAUCAUAAACAAAGCAACUGGUAUGUCAAAAAAAGUUGCAAGAAUGAACACACGUACCUGUAAUUGAAAAUAACCAAAUAUUAUUAUUAUAAAUAGAACAUUUUUAAUUUAGUAAGCCCAAUAAGAACUAAAUAGGUACAGUGCCUGUAUAUUGUAAAAUAGAUCCAGUCAUUAUCAAUAGUCCUAUAUAGCCUAUAAAUAUUUCAAAUGUGUCUCCCCAUGUGGUGUAUGAGUAUAUGAGAUGCACUAUCACUAGUACUAGUACUAUUUUUAGUAUAGUAUUAUGGUAUGAUUACAAUUACAAUUAAUUAUAGUAUAGUGUAGCCUACCAGAAGUAAAUCGUUAAACUAUUAUUAAAAUAUUUUAGUAUUACUAUAUAAUAUGUACAUUUAGUUUGUAAUGAGAGUACAACAGGUCUAAUGUUUGUAAUACACAGUUCACGUGUGACUUGACUAAGUUUACUGACUCGGUCUAGCAGUGGCGUCCUAAGACUAGACCACAAAAUUACCAAUGAACGAAAUAAUAAUACCGAAUUCAAUUAUAAAAAUAUCAUAUACAAAUUAAUCUUACCUUAUUUUAUGAAAUCAAUUGAAAAAUAAUCAAAUCCUAAAACAGUAAAGCAAAUUUUCACUUCGAAUCGACGAAAAAGACAUUCUCUUUGUUUACACGUCGUCAGGGGAAAAUGUGGAAGGUCACGGCUUCCGUAUAGGAAAAUGGCGGACAUGGACCAAUCAAAAUGCAGAGAAUUGUUUAUAGCUACGAAUUGGCCAAUCAUCUACUUUUGUGUACACGUGAUACACAUGGUUUUUACGUGAAUGGUUAUUUUUAGAUAAAUUAGUCAUCGGAAUGGCAUUCUUUAUGCGGUGAUAAGCUUUCUAACGAUACCAAACAUGAUAGAAUCGAACCGGGGGUUUCCGCGCAAUCAAGUGUUGAAAAAUAGGUCAUUUGGGGUUAGGUGUGAACAAAAACAUAGACCCCCAACCCCUUCAAAUCACAAUUAUUAUAUUAAAAUUAAUUAAUUUCAUAAUUUUUACUUUAUUUAAUGAUAAUAAAGAUAUUAAUCUAACAGAAAAUCCAAGUUUUGAAGAAUCGAUAUUUUUUUCAAAUUUCCAUUAUUUUGUGACCCGUGGAUCCCCUUAAACCAUUGGUCAGGGAAAGCUUUAAUUAAUUAUUCAUGUGCCAAAGUUGAAAGUUUAAACUAAGUCUAAACAGUAUUUUAGUGAUAAGGCAGGGAAUGCGUUGCCUUAUAUAAACUAUAUAGUCCUUGCGCAUGACGGGAUUGGCGGAAUGAGAUCACAGAAUGUGGAGAUGCAGUCCAUGUUAAAAAAUGACAAACCAAGUCGUACUUUAAAAAUUCAUAACUUUAAAACUAUAACGGCUAAAAAUAUGAUUUUGGUGUUAUAAUUCUUUAAAAAAUUACAUCUUUUCAACUAUGCCAUUGGUUUAUUUUUACAAAAAGUUUAAAUUUUCUUAUCAAAGUCCCUACACUAUUGGCCACUAUUAGCGGUGCUGACUCUAGCCUCUGGUAUGUACGGAAUCAAAAAGUUUAAAUUUUCUUAUCAAAGUCCCUACACUAUUGGCCACUAUUAGCGGUGCUGACUCUAGCCUCUGGUAUGUACGGAAUAUUAAACAUUAAACAAGCUCAACGCUCGAAACAAUCGAUUAAUGUAUCGUGAUCGUGUGGAAUUCGGGAAAGAGAAUUACUUUUAUUUCAGAUUAUGAUCCGGUGAGUCACAAAAUCUGUCAAAUUCCGAAAUCCGGUAUAUUCCGGAAUCCGGUUGUUCCGGAUACAUGUAAAUCCGGCGGAACCGGAUUUCACCGGAUAGUGCAAAAUCCGGCGGAACCGGAUUCCGGACCGGACUCCGGCACACCCCUAAUUUUCUUUCUAAGUAUCGUCAAUUUCCACCAUUAAAAGGGCAAGCCAUGUUAAAAUUGGGCUGAGCGACGUUAUGGUGAUUUGGGUCAUGGGGACAAGCGUAGCGAACGUCGGACACGACCUACAUCAAUGAGAAUUGGCACAUUUAGGUACUUGGGUAAACCAGUUUUCUGCUAGUGUCAAAUAAUUGCAGAGUGACGUGCCCCUUGUUCAACUUUUUGUCCACUUCAAAAUGUAAACAUUGCAUAUGCAUUGGGAAAAAAUGUGUUUUGUGGAUGUUUCUUUUUUAAAUAGGUAGUGUGAUACAUCAUUUUAAAGAGAAUUGGAAGCUGAAUAAUACUGUGUCUUCAGAUUUUUAAUCACGAUUGAAAAACAAAAAUAUAUAUCCAGUUGAAUUAAGCUAAGUGUACUAUUUAAUAUCUCGCAGAGACUCCACCAGACUCGAUUUUCAUGAUAACCACUGUUUAGAGCAUCCAAUUAUCUGUAAGAAUGGGGAAAUUAAAAGUCCCCCCAACCUACCCCAACGAUUUUAUUAAAUUUUCAAAACAGUCACCACAUGGUUGUUUCCUCCCUGGGUAUCAUUUUCAAGAUGGCCGAAUCCACCUCAGCAAAUCAUUUUUAAAUCUUAAGUAAUCUGAUUAAUAAACAAUGUUAAAAGCACUAUUUUAAGUUAUAUGAGGUUAAUAUUAUUAACAAAGAAGACAUAUGAAUAGAUAUUAAAUUGUAUUUCUUUAUUUAAAUAGUGAAACUUCCACUCCCAUAUAACAGGCCUUUAAGGGAGUUUGGUCUAAGCUACCUGACACAUUUGUAGCAUGGAAAUAUGAAGAAAAGUAUAUUUUAUCUUCAUAAUAGAUUUAAAAUUAAGAUUUGUUUAUUAUGUAGAUGAAUUGAUACUUUGAAAUGAUUCACGCACACAAAAAUUACUUUGUUGUAUUUUUUUAAAGGCCUAUCCAAUGACAUUGACAUCAUAAUGUUAAUCAUAUUAGCAAUUUGUAGGCAAAAGUUGAGAAUUGGCAUACAAACACAAAUUUGGUAUCAAUGAAUUUCAUUUUUCAGGCCCUAUCUUACCAACUAGCUCUUAAAGCUAUAAAUUCAUUUUGAAAAUUUUACCCAAGUACCUAAUAGUAUACUUCAAUAUCUCAUGCUUUUCACGGUUUAAUUUGAAAGACCGUUUCUUUUUAUUUCACAAAAAAUUUUGUAUGGGAAGAUGCCUUAUAUAUACCAAAGAUUUUCAAAAUAAAAGUCGACUGAAAAAGCAAAUAGCUGGAUGGAAAUUUAGGCCAAGAUGCCUACAAAAAUAUAAGGCUGGAAACGGAACCCAAAUAUAUGUCGAAAGUACUCAUUUAAUAAUAGACACAUCGGAAAAUUAAAAACUCAAACUUUUUGGCGCCAAUGCCCAUUUCCGAUACAAAUUUUGAAGUAGCCUCCCUUGCUUUACAGCAGUAUCUACAGAAGGGGUCAAAAUCUGCAUUUAUUUUUUGUGGGAGAUAUUUGUAACAAUUUGUAUUAGUAUUAAUAAUUGCGUAUGCCACCUAUGGUGGAAGAGAGUGCCCGUUAUAUUAUAGUCUAUACCUCGGCUUUAGUGGCCCCAGUCCCAGAUAUGCAACAAGACUGUCUGCAAAUUGAAUAACGCAAAACUAUUUAAUAAACAAAAAUAUGCUUUACUUUAGACAUUCUUAAGGCUUAGGUGUAACUGCAUGCAGCAUGCCUACUCAUUUAGUUACUUUGGUUAAAAAAAAAUACAAAAUAAUUUUUUUAAUAUUAGUUAUUUAGAGCAAAUUUCAAAUACAAAAAUGAAAAAUAAGCUUUUCAGCUUAAGUACUUUUUGAGCUACGAAUUUUCAAAGUGUGAGUUUGUUUGGUAUAUUUUACUAUGAAUGAAACCUCUAUAACUUGUGACCUCAUUCCGCUGAUCUCGCCAUGCACAAUGACUAAAUAGUAACUAAUAAUUAAAUAUUUCCAAAUUAUCAGCAUCUUCCGCCAUUAAAAACACCCAUGCCAUGUCCAAAUUAGGCUGAACGACCUUAUGGUAAUGCGGGUCAAGGGGACAAGCCUCUGAUACGACCUACACCGAGAAUUGGCACACAUAUACAACAACAUUCAGUGCUUUCACGAUUUAAUUCUUUGAAUUUCACGAAAAAUUUGUAUGCGUAGAUGCCUCAUAAAUACCAAAGAUUUUCAAAAUGAAGGUCGAUUAAAAAAAGCAAAAUACCUGGAUGGAAAUGUAGGCCAAUAUGUCUAGUCUUCCAAAGUGAAAAGGUGGAAGGGGAACCCAAGUAGAUGUCAAAAGUACUCAUAUAUUAAUGAAUUGUCACUCACAUUAAGCAAUUAAAAAGUCUGAUUUUACUGCGCCGACGCCCAUUUCCGAUACAAAUUAUGAAGUGGUCUCCCUUGCUUUACCGGCCGAAGUACAUACCAAUGGUGCUGAAUUAAUAUUUCUGAUAAUUGCUUGACAUACAGCGUUUCCAUUAAACCGUAUGGCGAAUUCUCAUAUCCCUCCUUCUUAUUUUAGGGAAGCCUAUGGGAUUACACACAGCUCGCAAGAUGAAAGACCACCGUAGAGAGCAGAGGUGGCAUGAUAAGGAAUACAAGAAAGCUCACUUGGGUACUCGCUGGAAGGCUAAUCCAUUCCAAGGUUCUUCCCACGCAAAGGGAAUUGUUUUGGAAAAAGUGUAAGUACAAUGAAGCUUAAUAUCUACCAUGCUUAGUCUAAACUCUCAUAAGACAUGAAUACUUAAAAUCAUAAUUAUAUUGUUAUUUAGCUUCAAUACCUGGUUUCAAGUCGCAGCUUAAUAUUGAUAUAUUUUUGCAAAAUAUCAUUUUUAUUAGUCUAGAUUACUGCAUUUUUUAUUAUAUUGACAUUUUAUGACAAGGGCAGAAUUUUACCAUUUCUUGUUUGGCAAAUAUGGCAAUUAACUGAAAGGUAUUAAAAUUAUAUGCAUUUGAUGCGUACAGCCAAGUUUAAUUAUUUUGCAGUGCUGUCCUCUGAUGUACCAUAUCACAACAGACUGACCAUAAAUUUUGUUUGCUUUACAAUAUCUUAAAACUUUUUUUGUAAUUAUUUUAUCUAGUGGUGUGGAAGCUAAGCAGCCAAACUCUGCCAUUCGCAAGUGUGUCAGGGUACAACUCAUCAAGAACGGCAAGAAAAUCACAGCAUUUGUCCCCAAUGACGGUUGUCUUAAUUUCAUUGAGGUUUGUAAAUUGCUUUUUUGCUGUAUGUCAUAUUAAGAUAUUCAUAUUAUGCUAAAAUACAAUUUAAUUUAUCUGGGUUGUGCCAUAGAAAAAUUACUUGUAACAUAUAUAAAAGUAAUGGAUGUUAUUUUUUUUAUUGUCUGUUAAACUCAUAUGUUGUCUCACAUUCUUAACAUUUUAUAAUUAGGUGGGUAUCAUCAUUUGUCACUCAUCAAUUCUAUUUUUGUUUUAGCCUUUAGUUUACAUAUAUAAGUGGUUGAUGUGUUUGUGGGUUUAGCCUACAUAUGAGUUGUUGUCAUAUGAAUAUUAGUUGUCAUAUGAUUAGGAGUUGUUGUGCUUGUUGAUUUCAGUCCCAUUUUACAGUAUGGUGUUACUAAGGUUUCCCACCAGUUUCUAUAUUCUGCACCCCUACCAGUUGUCACACUACCUACUAAAGUAAGAGUGCAAUUCAAAAUUGGGGAGAUGUUAGAAUUGAAUUUUUGUUUUGUUUUAUUACAAAGAGAUCACAAAUUCAUUGCAGGAAAACGAUGAAGUGUUAGUUGCUGGAUUUGGUCGCAAAGGUCACGCUGUGGGUGAUAUUCCUGGUGUACGUUUCAAGAUUGUGAAGGUUGCCAAUGUGUCACUCCUUGCAUUAUUUAAGGGAAAGAAAGAGCGUCCUCGUUCUUAAAUGUUCGUAAAUAAAUGAAUAAGAACUAAUAUUAUGUCUUGACUUGUGUUUGAUUUGUUAUCUGGUCUUAGUGUUUACAGAUGAUUUAAAUGACACAGAAUUCUGAAUUAAAAUGUAUUUUUUAACCAUGGAAGAAACUGUCAACUAAAAGAAUAGGUAAAAAUAUAUAACUUCACAUUAAGCUGCUAAUCUGUGAUAACAAGGUUGGUGCUGGACUAAGAGUUACAUCUCUUGGCAUGGUACUGUGUCUGGGCUCUGAAAAUUACCAAAGAAAUAUUUUAAAGAAGCAGCUACGGUAUUAGUAGUAGUAGUAGUAGUACAAACUGGGAGAAACUGUAUUUUUGGCAAUUUUGUUUUUUGAGUUAAAUAAUUAGUCCCAUUAUUACUGCUAGUGCUAUACAAAUGUAAUUACUGUGUAGUAUAAAGCUGGCCAAAAAGUUUACAAAGUAUCAGUUAAGACAAAUUUUACUGCUUUUUUUUUCUUUCUAAUUAGAUUCUAAGUGGCUAUUUGUACUUGGGUACCAGAAGUGAGAGGUUGGGAUUAAAAAACGAUUCAAAAUAUUAUUAUUGUUGAGUUUGUAAGACAAAAGACAAAAUGAGGUAUCAAAUGAAAUAUUGAAUGGAC